UUAAGCGGGCUGCGGACUACGAGCGAUAAUAUAAUAUAUAUUAUAUCUCACAUAUUACAUAAAAAUCGCUUCAAAAGAAAUAACAUGUAACACCGCGCAUUAAUGCUAUAAUAUAUAUCUAUAUCCGGGCGAUAUAUUAAGUAUCUGCAGAGAUAUGCUUUUCGAGCGAUAUUUCAGAAUAUAUCCCACCUCCCACCUUACGUCUAAACCCCCGCGCCAGGAAAUUGCAACUCAGUUUCACGCCUUUCGGGCAGUAGACACGGUGGAAUUUUUCUAACCUCUUUAAUAAAAUGGAACGUUUAAUUGAAAGCGUAAGGGAAAAUCCAUGUUUAUGGAAAGUGGAUGAAGAAUAUUACAAAAAUAGUGAAAUGAAGGAAGCAGCAUGGAGAAAGGUUAUAGUGGAAUGCGAAAUAUCAGAUGUGAAAGAAGCCAAAAGUAUGUGGAAGAAACUGCGAGAUGGCCACAGACAGGCUUUAAAUAAGAAGAAAACAACCACAGGCCAAGCAGCAGGGAGUGAUAAACUUUGGAAAUACGAAAAACAGAUGAGUUUUCUUGUUCCACAUUCAGCAAACAGACAAAGAAGCACCAACGCUACAUCUAUUCAAGCUUCACAAUUGGCAGAGACUGAUGAAUCACUAGAAAAUACACGCGAUGCCGAAGACGAUUCCCAAUCGACCAUAACAAAUAAGGAAAUAGAGCAAACAAACUAUAAUUACAAUAGUCCGCGAAAUAAAAGAAAAAAUGAUAAACUGAUUGAAUAUCUGGAACACGAGCAAAAAAGAAGGGAUCAAAAGUCGAUAGCAAGAGACCAGUUGAGGCAAGAGCUAUUAAGUAUGAAGCGCAAGGAAGAUACAGCACUUCAUCAAAUUCUUUGAUAGCAUGUAUGAACAAACUUAUUCUCUACCUGAACAUCUACAAAUAAAGGUCCAGCGGAAAAUGUUUAAUACUGUGAUGGAGGCCCGAGAAGAACACAUACAGCAUCAGAUACAUCAGACAAAUACUUCUAGUGCUACAUAUGACGAAUAUUUUGAAAUCCCUGUCUUAUCUCCAACGGAUACCUCAUGUUCUUCAAACACAACCUUGACUUACAUGCAGUUGUAAUUUUUUUUUGAUUAAUUUUUUUUAUUAAAUUUUUUUGUUCGAUGUUUGAUGUUUUGUUUAAUGUUUAA